UUGGAAUUUGUUUGGUUUGAUCGAGGAAGCCACGCAGCAGAACAAAAUUCAUUUUCUCUUUAUUUAUUAAACUAUUUGCUGGUUAAAAUGGCAGAGACUAUGAAACAGACUGUGGCUACGAUAUUAAAAAGCAUAGAAAGAUAUAACCCGGCAAACCUACAAACACUUGAGAGAUACGUGGAGACACAGUCUCGUGAGAAUACUUACGAUCUGGAAGCUAACUUGGCUGUGCUGAAGCUAUACCAGUUUAAUCCUGAGAAGUUCAAUGCUGAUAUUACCUGCCAAAUUCUGUUGAAAGCUCUGACUAAUUUCCCACAUACCGAUUUCACGUUGUGUAAAUGUUUAUUGCUUGAAUCUGUGACCGAAAAUGAGACAAUAUCGCAAAUCAAAUACCUAGCGGACAUACUGGAGCAGUGUGACUUCGCCCAGUUCUGGAACCGCGUGCACCAAAUGCCUGAGCUGUGCAACCGGAUCGUCGGCUUCCAUGAUUCUAUACGCAAGUUCGUGUGCCACGUGGUCGGCAUCACCUUCCAGACAAUUGAAAAGAAUAAUCUGGCAAAUUUGCUGGGUGGUAUUGAUGAUGUAACCUUAAAACAUUGGGUAAAGAAGUACGGGUGGAAGGAUGAAGGCAGCCUCAUCUUCAUCGCCAACCAAGACGAGAACAUCAAAACUAAGAACAUCACAGAGAAGAUAGAGUUUGAACACCUAGCACCGCUGAUGGCGCUCCUGUAAACUGAUUGAGAUUUAUUAAAAGGUAUUAUGUAA